UUUUUUUUUUUUUUUCUUUCUUCCUUUCUUUAUUUCUUUUCUUUCCUUUCCUUCUCACCUUUUCCGUUUACUUUAUUAUAUUAUUAUUGUUAUUAUUAUCGUCUUUAUUAUCUUAUUCUCAUUCUAUAUAUAUAUAUUCUCUUCUCUCAUCGUGUCCUUUAAAGAAAGAACAUGAAAUUCUCCCAUCAGAUUCAAUUCAAUGCUGUACCAGACUGGGCCGAAUACUAUUUACCUUAUUCUAAUUUGAAGAAGCUAAUUUAUAUUAUUGAAAAAGAUCAAAUUGCUUCUCAACAACAUGGUCAAGGUGAUUUGGAAUAUGGUCCUAGUGAACGUACUGCUCUUAUAGACAGUACUUUUGAAGUUGAUAGUAGUGAAGCUAUUGAAAAAGUCAACCGUCGUUUUAUAGAUGCUUUGAACAAGGCUUUGGACAAGAUUGUCAAGUUUUAUGCCAAGAAAGAAACAGAACUCUAUGACGAAAUGGAUCAUUUACUUUUUGAUUAUGAACAUUUGGAUCAACAACCUCCUAGUCCUACUACUUUGACUUCUCGACAUGAAGGUAUGACCGGUUCUCAUUCUGAAGAAUUUCCUCGUCGUGAAUCUUUGGUGGAUGUUGAAUCCUAUACAUUACCACCUGCUAUUUUAUCUCAAAACACUAGUGAUAUGGAUUUCGAACACGACAAUGAAAAUAGACCACCAGAAGAAGAUACAAGAUAUCGCCGUCUCAGUGACAAUAACAAGGGAACCGGGAAAUCAUGGCAUGGUAUGGAACUUAAGAAACGUACAGUGGACCUCUUUGUCUUAUUAUCUGAAUUGAAAUCAUUUGUGGCUCUAAAUAUGACGGCAUUUUCCAAGAUUCUCAAAAAAUAUGACAAGAUCACUAACAACAACCUGAAACGAUAUUAUCUCUCUACCUAUGUGAAUCAAGCUUAUCCAUUCCAGUCAGCUGCAAAAUCCAGACUCAAUGAACGUAUUCAAGAAACAGAACGGGGAUAUGCUUUCUUGGUUACUGAAGAUAACAAUCUCGAUCUUGCUAUUGAUGAACUUAAAACUCAUCUUAGGGAACAUAUUGUAUGGGAACGAAAUACCGUAUGGCGGGAUAUGGUCGGUCAAGAACGCAAAACACAAAGUGUGGGAAUCAGUGAAAUCAAACCUACUGUAUUACGAACGCCUUGGGGUCGCUAUAUUAUUGAUCGUGAUCAAUUAAUACAUAUUUUCUUUUUGGUUGCUUCCUUGAUCGUAUUUGCUGGAUUACUCUCUGCGGAUAUCUUUGGUCAUGUGGAACAAAACCGAUGUUUUGCCAUCUUAGUGUUUGCAAGUAUGUUAUGGGCUGGCGAGGUGAUGCCAUUGUUUGUUACAGCGUUAUUAGUGCCCCUGUUGAUUGUGACAUUAAGAGUGAUGCGGUCUGAUGAUGGUCAAUAUACACGCUUGGAUGCUCCAGCUGCGACAAAACGUGUCUUUGCUGCCAUGUUUUCUCCUGUUAUUAUGUUGUUAUUAGGUGGAUUCGCUAUUGCUGGUGCUUUGAGCAAGUUUGGUAUUGCAAAAUCAUUGGCAACAUUUGUCUUAUCCAAGGCGGGAACUCGACCAAAUCGUGUGUUGUUAGUGAAUAUGUUGGUAGCUACGGUAGCAAGUAUGUGGAUUAGUAAUGUGGCAGCUCCUGUUCUAUGCUUUUCUUUGAUUCAACCUAUUUUACGUACAUUACCAGUGGAUUCACGAUUUGCACCAUGCUUGAUCAUUGGUAUUGCUUUAGCUUCAAAUCUUGGUGGAAUGGCAUCACCUAUCUCAUCACCACAAAACAUUAUUGCUAUUCAAAAUAUGUCACCAGCACCAUCUUGGGGUGAAUGGUUUAUCGUAUCUAUUCCUUUAUGUUUGGUUGGCAACGGAAUUAUUUGGUUAUGGCUAUUAUGGAAUUACACACCGGAAAAGCAAAUUACUCAUAUCCAUCCGAUCAGGGCGUCUUCAUCUACCGAAAUCAUCAGCUGGACACAAAUGUAUGUAGGUUUGGUGACAUUGGUGACGAUCAUCAUGUGGUGUUUGGCACAUUCAUACGAAGAUAUUUUUGGUGAUAUGGGAGUGAUUGCGAUUAUACCCGUGAUUGCCUUCUUUGGUACUGGUUUACUGACAAAGGAUGAUUUCAACAACUUUUUAUGGAACGUGAUCAUGUUAGCCAUGGGAGGCAUUGCUCUUGGAAAGGCAGUGGAAAGCUCCGGAUUAUUACAUACCAUUGCCCAACAUAUUGAACAAGCUGUGACAGGAUUCUCUGCAUUCCAAGUAUUGGCAGUCUUUAGUUUCUUGGUCUUAAUUAUUGCCACUUUUAUCAGUCAUACCGUGGCUGCUUUGAUUGUUUUACCUAUUGUGGCCGAAGUGGGUACUCGUUUAGAUCAUCCUGAACCUAGAAUGUUGGUCAUGGGUACUGCAUUUGUAUGUAGUUGUGCGAUGGGUUUACCAGUAUCGGGCUUCCCCAACAUGAAUGCAAUUGCACAAGAAAACGAACUAGGUAAAUCUUAUCUCUCAACCAAGGACUUUUUGCGCAAUGGUGUUCCUGGAAGUAUUUAUGCAACUGUAUGUGUCACCACCCUAGGUUAUAUACUGAUGAAAAUAAUAGGAUUUUAGAUAUUGUCUUCCUUUUUCAUCAUCAUCAUCAUCUUCAUCAUCAUCUUCAUCAUCAUCUUUAUCAU